AUGAAUUCUCUUGAAAAAUUCUUUCAAAUCUUAUAUAACUAUGAUAUGGCAAAAGAGGAAAACCGCAGAAAAGGAAAAGCAUUUCCUGUCAAAUCUCCUAGGCUCACCAUGAGCUUUGAUUUUCCUGACGUGGACCCACCGAUCGUAAAUGCACCACAUGAAAUCCUAUUUGACAUGGAAGAAACCCCAAAUCUUCACGACAAUAAUAACGACGAAAUGCAAAAUCGUUCCCGUUCUCAUUCAAUCUCUUCAUCUCCAAAUAAUUCGAUUAUCAGCAUCAGCAGCGAUGAUGUUAUGUCUGAAGACGUCAAAAUGACUGAUGCAAGUAUUGAUGGCGGGUUGACAAGCGAAAGUGACUCCAAUACUUCGCCAACUACUAGAACAUGCCACCAUCCAAAACAUAGGAUAUACAAAAGGCGAGGAUUAACAACGAAUUCAUUCGUGAAGAUAACGAAAAAUCUUGCUUCUAUUGUUGGGAUUGAUGAUAAUUUAAUAAUUUGCAGAGGAUGUAUGAAACAAUCUCAUCAAGACAAAGAAUACACUUCUCAUCAAGAUUAUAUUGCGCCGAAGAAAGCCAAGAAGGAACAUAUGUUAAACAAUCUGAAGAUUGAAAUGGUAGGAUUUAAUCAACGUGGAAAAAGAGUAACCCGUUCACAUAAGCGACAAUAA